CUCAAGUAUCCCCGGAAGAAGGUGGCGGCGCGCACAUGCGCUGUUGGGAAACAUGGCGGAAUUGGAAAUCGGGCAGCAUUGCGGGGUUGAAGAGUGUAAACAGCUCGAUUUCCUCCCUUUUGUCUGUGAUGGCUGCUCAGGAGUUUUCUGCAUUCAACACAGAAGUCUGUCUGCUCAUGGCUGUUCUGAGGCAAAUCUAAAAAACAAAAAUAUGAAAUUGGAUUAUCACAAAUCAUUUCCAUGCAUGUAUAAAGAUUGUGAUGGAAGAGAACUUGUACCUGUCUUAUGUGCUUAUUGUGAAAAACAAUUUUGCUUAAGGCACCGUCACCAGUCAGACCAUGAGUGUGAGAAACUAGAAAUCCCUCAGGCUCGUAUGGGUGUCACUCGGCAACUGAUUAAAGAUAUUGUAGAUUCUAAAAAAGAAGCCACUGCAAUUAAAAAAUGCAGAGGAGCCAAGAACCCUGAAACAGCUGCAAAAGUGGCCCUGAUGAAACUAAAAAUGCACGCAUGUGGGGAGAAGUCUGUACCGCAGACAGACAGAAUCUAUUUCCAAGUAUUUUUACCCAAAGGAAGCAAGAAUAAAAGUAUACCCAUGUACUUUUGCAGCAAAUGGAGCAUUGGCAAAGUGAUAGAUUCUGCAGCCCACUUAGCAAGCCUUAAAAAUGACAACAACAAAACCACAGCCAAGAAAUUAAGACUUUGCCACACAGCAUCUGGAGAAGCCCUGCCUUUGGAUCACGCAGUAGAAUCGUGGAUAAACUCUAAAGAAUCGCCGCUAUAUAAUGGGGGAAAUGUGAUUCUGGAAUAUCUUGAUGACGUUGAAUUUUUAGCAGAUGCAGAUUCUUAUCUAUAGUAAUUAUGGAAAAUACUGCUUUUGUAUUUAUUGUAUCAGAUUGAACAUGAGAAGACUUUUUGUUUUACUAGCUCUAUGGUACAAGAGUGACUUUUCCUAUGAAAUGGGAAUUCAGUUUAAAAAGAAAUCUGUAUUUAUGUUGUUUUCUCAAGUGGGCAAAUACAUUUGUCAUACAUGUCAUCCCAUGUACCAAAAAUUGAGUUCAGACUGACAGAUACUCAACUGAAAAGUCUACCUGUGGUGCUUAAUACAUGUGGGUUAUUAUAAACUUAGUAUUCAAGUACAGCA